CAAAAUCAACCAUUUCCAAAAAAGCUUCAAGCUUUGCCAAAAAAAACUUGAACAAACAAUGCUGGUUUCAGCCAUUCCCAGUUGCAAAAGCAGCUUCAUUUCCACUGCUUCUAUUCAGGGAAAUGGGAAUCUUGGAAAUCAAACACAAUGUGUCAAACUAAAUCCUCAACAACAACAAGGGUUAAAGUUGAAGUUUUUACAAAGAUGGGGCCCACCUUUAUUGGCUGCUGUUUUAGCCUUAUCUCCUAUCAUUAUCAGCCCUCCUGUGUCGUAUGGUCAAGCAAUAGAUGUACAACGAGGAGCUUCUUUGUUCGGCCGUGCUUGUAUUGGAUGUCAUGAUGCAGGUGGAAACAUAUUACAACCAGGUGCAACUCUCUUUCUAAAAGAUCUACAAAGGAAUGGGAUUGACACUGAAGAGGAAAUAUACCGUAUAACAUAUUAUGGGAAAGGAAGAAUGCCAGGGUUUGGAGAGAUGUGUACACCGAGGGGUCAAUGUACAUUUGGUGCUCGUCUACAAGAAGAUGAAAUAAAACUGCUGGCUGAUUUUGUGAAGGCACAAGCAGAUCAAGGAUGGCCAAACAUAGGAAUAAGUGGAGAUUAGUCUAUCCUGUAGUUAGAUGUCACUAUGUCAGGAUAGUGUUUUAAAUCAGAAGUCUCAAAAUCUUGUCAGGUAAUGUAGUAAUUUGUACAAUAUAACAAUAUAUAGUUAUAUACUAUCUAGUUCCAACUAUCCUUUAAGAUUC